AUUAAGAAUGUGUUUUCGUGUGUUUCAGAAAGAACCUGGCAUACUUCAGUACCUAAUUCCAAAGCUCAACAGCUCCAUUUCCUUCCAGAUGGUAUGUGGAUAUGGAGGCCACGGUGGGCGCUUCUGAGUUGGUCCAGAAGCAUAUCAGGGCCAUCGACCCUGAGACUGUACACGUCGUGUCUGCCGACCCUGUCUCUCUUCACGUCAGUCCAGCCGAGCCCGAGCCGCUUCACGUCAGUCCAGCCGAGCCCGAGCCGCUUCACGUCAGUCCAGCCGAGCCCGAGCCGCUUCACGUCAGUCCAGCCGAGCCCGAGUCGCUUCACGUCAGUCCAGCCGAGCCCGAGUCGCUUCACGUCAGUCCAGCCGAGCCCGAGUCGCUUCACGUCAGUCCAGCCGAGCCCGAGUCGCUUCACGUCAGUCCAGCCGAACCUGCGCAUCACUCCAAGGCUGCCCAGGAGGGAGCUCCCGAGGCUGUUCCUGAACUAUCUGGUCCACCCUGGUCGCAAAUACGGCGUGCACCGCCUUGGCCGCCGGCACAGUUUGCUCCAUUGACCUGGCACUCCCACCUGCCCCAAGAAUGCCUCCGUUUCACUAACACUCUGGACAAUAAUUUGAAGAGCGUCUGGUAUACGCUCUUUAAAGGGGAGGUUAUGUCACAAGGCUAGUCUGUGUUUCUGCCUAGUUUAAUGUUUGUCACAGUCUAGUCUGUUUCUGUAAGGUUUCAUGCAUGUCACAAGUCUAGUCUGUUUCUGUAUUGUUUCAUGUUAAGUAGUUCCCCGUUAUGUUUAUUAGUCUGUCACAGGUGUUUCCUAUUAGCCACACUCUCUUGUUAGCUCGUUUUCUCUUGUAUUUAAGCCUGUAUGUCUAGUUCAGUCUUUGUGGGUCCUUAAUGUUGUUUGCUGGUUUUACUGUUCCUGAUUCCUGUUUCUUGAUUCUUGAGUAUGUCUUUGUAUAGUUUGAGUGGUAUAAAUAAAG